UCACUGUGUGCAAUAGUGAUUGAUGAAGGGGUUUUCCAGUUGAGAUAGAAGCAUUUUGAGUACCUGGAAAAGCUUCAUUUUCCAUACCCAACAAAGGGUACUGAAAUUUAAGAGAGUCGGUUUGGGGUUUGGCGGAGGAAAACGUCGAGAAGCUGACCUGGGUUUUGCCUACAAAUCUCUAUUGUUUUAUUAUAAUCGAGUAUCUUUGUGGGGAUCCCUUUCAUUUCUAAACAAUUUCCUGCUUCUAGAUAUGUAAUCUUUUACAGUUCAUUCCUCCUCAUCUCUACGCGUUUCCCUUUCCUUUCUCUGUCUUAUUCAGAUCUCUUCUCUUUGUCUGUUUGGAUCUCUGUCUUCUCAGAAUUUUACAAACCCCAUUAAACUAAUUUCUUCAGAGGUUUAGGAAUCUGUGAAGAAUUUUGGUCGCUGUAUUCUUGCCGGAUUGUCGAUCGGAUCAAAAUCUUGGGCCCCGGAGUUUAUUUUCUGGGGUGUCGAUGGCUUCCAGAGAAGGGCAGCGGCGGCGUCAACAUAAUCACAAUCUGGUGCCUCUUGCUGCUUUGAUCAGUCAAGAGGCGAGGAGCGAGAGGUUGGAGAAACCGAGUGUAAGAUAUGGGAAUGCAGCGCAGUCUAGAAAGGGGGAAGAUUAUUUUCUCAUGAAAACUGAUUGUCAGCGACUUCCUGGGAAUCCUUCAUCCACUUUCUCUGUUUUUGCUAUAUUUGACGGACACAAUGGAAAUGCUGCAGCAAUUUUCACGAGGGAACAUUUGUUGAGUCAUGUCUUGGGUGCACUUCCCCGUGGCCUCGGGCAGGAGGAGUGGCUUCAAGCUCUACCACGAGCGUUGGUUGCUGGAUUUGUGAAGACAGACAAGGAGUUUCAGAGUAGAGGUGAAACUUCUGGAACUACAGCUACGUUUGUGAUCAUCGAUGGAUGGACGGUGACAGUAGCGUCGGUUGGAGAUUCCCGGUGUAUUUUAGAUGCUCAGGGUGGUGCUGUCUCUGCUUUAACGGUUGAUCAUCGGCUUGAAGAGAAUGUCGAAGAGAGAGAACGUGUGACUGCAAGUGGUGGGGAAAUUGGAAGAUUAAGCAUUGUUGGUGGUGCUGAGAUCGGCCCGCUCCGUUGUUGGCCGGGAGGCUUAUGCCUUUCUCGAUCCAUUGGAGACAUGGAUGUCGGGGAGUUCAUAGUUCCAAUUCCGUUCGUGAAACAAGUAAAGUUAUCAAACGCUGGUGGGAGGCUAAUAAUUGCUUCUGAUGGCAUCUGGGAUGCCCUAUCAUCAGAUAUGGCUGCAAAGUCCUGCCGUGGACUACCAGCAGAGCUAGCUGCUAGGCAAGUUGUGAAGGAAGCCUUGAGAACAAGAGGCUUGAAAGAUGAUACAACGUGUAUAGUUGUAGACAUAGUUCCUCCAGAUAAUUCAUUACAGUCUUCCUCUCCCCAGAAGAAACAAAGCGUACUCAAAUCUCUGUUAUUCAGGAAAAAGUCUCACAGUUCUAACAAGCUAUCCAAGAGCCUGUCAGCAGUCGGUUUCGUCGAAGAAUUAUUCGAAGACGGCUCCGCCAUGCUUGCUGAAAGGCUGGGAACUGUAGAGUUGAGUGGAUCUAAACACGGCACACCCGGACUGUUCUCUUGUGCUGUAUGUCAAAUAGAUCUUGCUCCCAGUGAAGGCAUCUCUGUUCAUGCUGGUUCCAUCUUCUCCACCAGCUCAAAGCCAUGGCAAGGGCCUUUCCUUUGCGCCGAUUGUCGAAACAAGAAGGACGCCAUGGAAGGAAAGCGUCCCAGCGGUGUGAGAGUGGCAUAGCUCACUUCCAUUUAUUAUAUUAACUCCUUGGUUCUCUCUCUUCUUUGGAUCUACUUCAACGGGUCGAGUAGCUCGAUACAGAUGGGUCGAGGAGCCAGAAGUACAUAGCUAAUUAUUGAAGCCAAGCUAAAGACUUGAACUAAACCAGAAAUUGAAAUUUGUGCCUGUAUAUUAUAAAGCCCUUUUUUAUAAUUUGUUUAUUUUGUUUCUGAAUCAAAGUUUAUAAUCUUGCCUUCUGCCUAUAGCCAGUGUUCGGAGGAAUUGAAUGAUAUAAGUUUAUUUAUUUA